UAGGUUAUUCAAUCUACUAUCUAACUUCAGGAAGUAAAUUGGAAAGAUCUUAUUAUAUCUUUGUUUUAUUACUCUUUUGUUAAUGGACCAGUUAUAAGUCAUCGACCCAGAUGUCUGGAAUAAUUGCAGCACCAUCAGAGUUGGAUGUUCAAUCCACAGGGGUACUUGUUUCUGUUGCUUUGGACAUUGGAACUUCUUUUUCAGGAUUCGCAUUUCUGACAAGAAAUGAUUUUAAAAUAAACCCUUUGCGUGUUGUUUGCAAGCAUUGGCAUGUUGGCGAGCUGGGAACACUGUAUAAGACUAAAUCAAUUAUUCUAUUGAACCAAAAGAAAGAGUUUGUUGCUUUUGGAUAUGAUGCUGAGAAUAAGUAUGCAAGAAUGAGUGUCGAUGAAGCAAAGGAAUACUAUUACUUUCCAUACUUUAAAAUGGCGUUAUAUGGAGAACAGUCACUACGGAAGAAUAUGAAGAUACCAGAUGAAAGUGGUAACAAGAUGCCAGCUUAUAAAGUAUUUGGAGAAGCAAUCAAAUUUUUAAAAGAUGCAGCAUUAGAGGAACUUCUGAAAUCAUGUGUUAUUAAAGAAACAGAUGUUAAAUGGAUUGUAACUCUUCCUGCUAUAUGGAGUGAAUCUGCAAAACAGUUUAUGGUGUAUGCAAGUAAAGAGGUUGCAGGGAUAGCUGAAGAUAAAUUGGAGAUCACAUUAGAACCAGAGUCUGCAGCAUUGUGUUGUAACUAUUUAGCCUUAGAGAGGAAUGAAGAAACUUCCGUAAGCUUAAAGACGUUUGACAAUGGACGGAAAAUCAUGGUUCUAGAUUUAGGAGGUGGUACUGUGGAUAUAACGACGUAUCAAGUUACGACAACUGAAGGUAAAAACACAUUAAAAGAAAUAUACAAAGCAACUGGCGGACCAUGGGGUGGCAGAAAAGUUGAUGAAGCCUUUGAGAAUUUCUGGAGUAAAUGCUUAGGAACAGAGACAUGGAAAAAGCUUAAGCUGGAAUAUAGAGAUGAAAUCUAUGAAUUUUUCAACAGAUUUGAAAUACAGAAAAGAAGCUAUAAACACGAAUCUAGAGAAAAAAUAUCACUGACGCUGCCAGAAUGCAUACGUGAAGUUGAAGGACUAUCAAGUCUGUUGAGCGAACAAAUCGGAGAUGUUUCGAUAAAAAGAGGGAAAAUAACAUUCCCAGAUGAAACAUUUAAUAAGUUUUUCGAUGCUUGCUUGAAAGGAGAAGACGGGGAAGGGUUGGUUAAAAUGGUGGACGGCUUAUUCUCAAAUGAGAAAAUGGCAGACAUAUAUGCAGUGCUGAUGGUCGGAGGACUUUCCGAAUCUUCAAUUGUCCAGACUGCUAUCAAGGAAACGCUCAGUCAGAAAAGCAGAGCGAAAGUAUUUGUUCCAACUGAACCAGGGUCUGUGGUGUUGAAAGGGGCUGCUAUUUAUGGAUUUGCACCAGAUAUCAUCAUGGAAAGAGUUAUUCGUCAUACGGUUGGCAUAAGUACUCGUGUAGCAUUUGAUGAAGAAAAGCAUUCUCGUUCGUCUGCUCACUACCACAAAGUAGAAAAUGAAGAAUACAUAGAAGAUAAAUUUCACCCAUUUGUAAGAGCUGGCGAUACAAUUCAACCUGGGGAACAGAAAACGCACAAUUUUAACGCAGUUGCAGUUAAUUCGCAUGGGUCAUUAGAAAUUGAAGUAUAUGCUUCAACGGAAAGAGAUCCUGAAUACACACGAGAUCCAAACAGUGAAAGCACAUGGAAACUAGGUUGUGUAAGUUUUCCAAAAUUUGACAAGCAAAACCUUGGAACAACUGUUACAGUGAAUAUGACUUUCGGAUGUACUAGGUUACAUGUUAAUGCAAAACUCGAAAAUGGCGACGAUGUCGAUUGCAGUCUGAAUUUAUUGAAAUAAGAAUUCUUUAAAACAUAUUGAGUAAUCACGAGAAUAUAGACGGCAGAUAGAAAACAAUAAUACAAAAUGCGUUCGUCGUUGACUCGUAUAUUAUAUUUGAAUGUAUGUGUUUCGCACGUAUGAUGCACACUUUGUGAAUCUGACAUUAUUACCCUGUUGUCUUGUACCUGUCUUUUAUAUUAACUACUGCAGCAUAUAACCUGAAAGUUUUAUGUUCGUGUUUUGUAGUCCGUUGUUUGUCUUUUUUUUUAGGCCAUGGCGUUGUCUGUUUUAUUGGAUUCUUGGUAAUUACUCUAAAUGAUAUAUAUUGUACAAAUAUCACUGUGUAUGUCACGGUAUUAUUGAUUUGUAAUAAAGAUGAAGAAAUAUGA